UUUUUGAGCCGAUCCUGUUGGCAAUUGGAAUUACUUUCAAAAAAUUAGUUAUUGAAUAAUUGAAUUAAAUAAGCCUUCAAAAUGGUUUUAGCAGACCUAGGUCGGAAAAUUACGACUGCCCUCCAUUCGCUGAGCAAGGCGACGAUUAUAAAUGAAGAGGUUCUAGAUGCCAUGCUUAAAGAAAUCUGUACAGCAUUAUUGGAAGCUGAUUGUAACAUUCGCUUAGUUAAAUCUUUAAGAGAGAAUGUUAAAGCAGUAAUUGAUUUUGAUGAAAUGGCUGGAGGUCUAAAUAAAAGAAGAAUGAUCCAAUCGGCAGGUUUUAAAGAGCUUGUUAAGCUUGUAGACUCAGGUGUCAAGCCUUAUCAACCAGUAAAAGGCCGUCCAAAUGUCAUAAUGUUUGUUGGUCUUCAAGGAUCAGGAAAAACAACAUCAUGCACUAAACUUGCUUACUAUUAUCAAAAGAAAAAUUGGAAAUCAUGUCUUGUUUGUGCCGAUACCUUCCGCGCUGGAGCUUACGAUCAAAUCAAGCAGAAUGCUACAAAAGCAAGAAUUCCCUUCUAUGGAAGUUACACAGAAGUCGAUCCAGUAGUAAUUGCUCAAGAAGGUGUAGAAAUGUUUAAAAAAGAAGGUUUUGAAUUCAUUAUAGUUGAUACUAGUGGUAGACAUAAGCAAGAAGAGUCAUUGUUCGAAGAGAUGUUACAAGUUGCCAAUGCAGUGAAUCCAGAUAACAUAAUCUUCGUAAUGGAUGCCACAAUUGGUCAAGCUUGCGAGGCACAAUCUCGAGCAUUUAAAGAGAAAGUUAAUGUUGGUUCAGUUAUUAUUACAAAACUUGAUGGUCAUGCCAAAGGAGGUGGUGCUUUGUCAGCUGUAGCAGCUACAAAAAGUCCAAUUAUCUUCAUUGGAACAGGCGAACACAUUGAUGAUCUCGAACCUUUUAAAACGAAACCAUUCAUCAGUAAACUUCUUGGCAUGGGAGAUAUUGAAGGACUCAUCGAUAAAGUUAACGAACUUAAGCUUGAUGACAAUGAAGAACUUUUGGAGAAGAUUAAACAUGGACAGUUCACAAUCCGAGACAUGUACGAGCAAUUUCAAAAUAUUAUGAAAAUGGGUCCAUUCUCACAAAUUAUGAGCAUGAUUCCUGGCUUCUCACAAGAUUUCAUGACGAAAGGAAGCGAACAAGAAUCAAUGGCGCGUAUUAAAAAGCUCAUGACGAUGAUGGACAGUAUGUGUGAUGGUGAACUUGAUCAUCGAGAAGGUGCUAAACUCUUCAGUAAAGAGAAUUCGAGAGUUAUUCGUGUUGCUAGAGGUUCCGGUGUCACUGAACGUGAGGUCAAAGAUCUCAUUUCACAAUAUACGAAAUUUGCUGCAGUCGUUAAGAAAAUGGGAGGAAUUAAAGGGCUAUUUAAGAGUGGCGACGUGACGAAAAACGUUAAUCCUACACAAAUGGCCAGACUUAAUCAACAAAUGGCUAGAAUGAUUGAUCCACGAAUGCUUCAACAGAUGGGUGGAAUGAAUGGAUUGCAGAGCAUGAUGAGACAACUUCAACAAGGUGGCAUGUCGGGACUUCAAAAUAUGAUGGGUGGAAAUAAGUAAUUAACAACUUCAAUUUUGUUAAAUCUUUUUCUUUUAUUAUUAUCACACGACAUCUGGAUGCACUAUGUUAAUAUCUUCUCCAGUGCUACAACAUUUGAAUAAAUUUUUUAUUUCCUUUCUCUUCAUUUGGUUUAUAAUAAAAUGAAAUCUUUUGGAAAAUUUUCAACUUUUUUCUCAUCUUACGAAACUUAUGGAAAUAAAGUUUUAAUGUUUCAUUUAUUUAGGUGGUUAAAUGUGGGGAAAUAUGUAAUAUAAUCUUAACAGAGAUCAAAAUGAGACUCAAAUUAUUCUUAACUAAAACUUUAUUUAGUUUGAACACUUGAAAUUCCUUUUAAAGCGAGUAUGUUGUCUGUUUUUUUUUAAUGUUUAUGUUUCAAUAUCGACUUUAAAUAGUAAACAAAUAUGAAGCUGCUAGCAUAAACUAUUUUUCCAUAAACAUUUCUGUAAUUAUUUUCGGUAAGUAGAUAUUCAUAACUAUUUCCGAUAACGAAAAUACAUUUUUGGAUAUUUCUUUUAACAUCAUGUAAGAUUAAUUAAUACUUUGAUAUAUUUGUUGUUCUUCAAGCGUCAACUUAUUGUAAUAUUGAACAGAAAAAUCUCAAAGAACAGACAAGAUCUAGGAACUUAUGCAAUAUUCUUCUACUUAUUGGUAGUUCAAAACUUUAAGCUUUCAAAUCUUAUAUAAACAUAAAUUUGCUGUUUGAAACAUUUUUCUUCAGUUAUUUAUUUAAGCAGUUAGUAACGAUUUUAUUUCCACUUUAAGUGAAUGAUAUUUUUAUAACUUCAAAGUUUUUAUUUAUGUUUCUAAGAGUGAAUCUUUUUCAAACUCUACUAGAUAGUUUAAGAAUUCUUUCUAAAAUAAAUCUCUAAAUAUGUUUUAUAUCAAAAUAUUUAUCCUGUGUAUAUUCAACUUCCUACAAUUAUAAAUGUAUUUGCUUUUUUACUUUAUUUUCUCUUUGCUAAAUUGAUUAUCAAAGUAUUUAAGUGAUGGAAGUUUAACUUCCAUUGAUUGUUUCUAACAUUGAUUCAUUCUAUUAAGUGUUCUUUUAAUUCAACAUUGAACUUCUGUAAGCUUUUUUACCAUUUAAUCAACUAACAGCAAACUAUUCUACUUUACGUAUGAUACCAAUAAUUAAUUGAUUUUAUGAACCUGCCAUAGAUUUUGCGACUAGAUAGUUCUUGAUUGAUUUUCAGAGAUAUAUCUGAGAAGAUCCAGAGCUUACAAGAAGCUUGGAAUCAAGUUUAUCAAAUGUGUGACGCUACGAUAAGCAAUCAAACCAUUACGAUUACAUUUAUCUUCUCCAUCCUUAUAUGUAAGAGAGAUUGGUUUCUUUUUCAUGAUACUUGCCUGCAAAUCAAUAACAUCACCUCCGAUAGAAUUCAAAAUUGCUUGACCAGCACAUGUGUCCCACUUGAAUGUUGAAUUUUUGCUGAGAAAAUAAAUGCCAGCAUCAUUUUCAAUGACCUUGAGAAUUUUAUAGCCAGCACCGUUGGCUAUCACGGUCUUAUAUCCAGCAGACUCAAGUGUGGGUUUACGAGUCUCAGCUGAAGAAAUUAUUGCGAUUUUCUUGGAGUUGUCAGCAGAAGAGUUCUCAAUAUUAUGAUGGUUCUCACCGUUGAUAGAAGCACCCCAGAAGAUUUUGCUUUUAAAGUCAUCAUCACUUUUAACGAAGAAUGGCUGAUUAACGACACCCAUGAAAGGUUUGCUUGUUUCCAUAUUAUAAGCGCCAAUCAAGAUUGUUGCACAUUUUAAACCAGAUUUUUCAAUGUUAGGAAAACUUGUAGAAGAACAAUUUCCAUUGAUGUACUCAGCAGUGCCAUCGAUGGGAUCGAUCCAAAUUCCAACUUGUUCAAUGUUAAUCAGCUCUACGAUAUCUGGAAGCGUUUCUAUCUCAUCAACUGACACAUCUUUAUGGACCUCUACAGCUAGAGCUUCAGCAGCUUUUUCAUUGCCAUCUAAUACUUUAAGAAGUAAUGACUUGGUUUCUAUUGGAUCUUCCGUAAUAGAAACAACAACACUUUCACCAAGAAUGUUUUCGAAUUUAUUCGACUCUUCUCCUUUGAUAUUUUCACGUAGUUGAGGAAAAAGAACUCCUACAUCAUGUUUAAUUGUUUCCUGGAUAACGACAUCCGCAAGAGUCUUGAAAUCAUUAACGAAUCUUUCAUUUUUCUCAUUUCCCGUUUUUUCUUCAAUCAAAAGAUUGAAUAACUCUUCGUUUUCUCUACAUAUUCGAGCGAUGUUGGCUGCUUUUUCAGAAGCUUUAAUGAGAGUCGAGAGAAGUUCCUUAGUUGUCAUCUUAAAACUGGUCGACUUAAUUUUUUCUCGUU